AUGGAAUUUAUUAGUAGGAUUCUCUUAACAUCUAUUAAGAAGGAUUCUAUGUGCGUCAUCGUAGAUCGGUUGACCAAGUCUUCCCACUUUAUUCCUGUUCGGGCAAACUACUCUCUUCAGAAGUUGGCCAAGUUAUAUGUUUUAGAGAUCAUGAGACUUCAUAGGGUACCGGUCUUGAUUAUUUCUAAUAGAGAUCCUUGCUUCAUUUAUCAGUUUUGGAGAAAACUUCAUGAGGCUCUGGGUUCGAGGUUGAACUUCAGUACUGCGCUUCAUCCUCAAAUAGAUGGUCAAUCUGAUAGGGUGAUUCAGAUACUUGAGGAUAUGCUUCGGACUUCUCCUGUGUUUGUUUCUGAGUCUGAGGAUAAAAUUAAACUGAUUCAAGAUCUUCUUAAGGCAGCUUUUGAUAGACAGAAGUCUUAUGCAGAUCUAAAAAGAAUAGACAUUGAGAACUCCACGGAUGAUUACGUGUUUUUAAAGAUUCUGAAGCACGUGGGACCAGUUGAUUAUAAGUUAGAGUUACCUCUAGAGUUAGACCGUAUCCAUGAUGUGUUUCACGUCUUUAUGCUGAGGCGGUAUCAGUCAAACCCAUCUCAUAUUGUUCAUGUAAAAGAGAUUGAGGUUAGACCAGAUUUGACGUUUGAAGAGGAGCCGGUUCAGACUCUAAAUAGAAAUGUGAAGGUCUUAAGAAGGAAAUCUAUUCCAUUAGUGAAAGUUCUGUGGCAGAAUGAUGGCAUUGAGGAAGCCAUGUGGGAACCUGUGGACUCGAUUCGUCAACAAUAUCCACAUCUGUUCAAAUCAAGUAAAUUUUGA